AUGAGUUGGAUGGACAGCUGGAGUCGACCCUCCAAAUCGCAAGCAACACCAGCACCUUUCUACUUACUACCCGGAGGCGAAGCAACUCCGUAUUGUCAUUCAUGCGGCAGAGUGAUUAGUACGAGGCGAACUACCGCGACAGCAAAUACCAAUACGCCAGCCAAGUACUGCUCGAGCCGGUGUCGCACACAGAAGCCCGGAAAGCUGGACCGCGAGCUGGAGAAAGCCUUUGUGAAACUAUUGACGGCCGAAGAGAGCACAGCAGAUGAGGUAAAGAAGCAGGCAAAAGGUGGCAAGCAUAAGAAAGGGAAGAACAGCAAAGGCGACAAUCGCAUCUUGGUGCCAUGCAGCGCAGCAGAGGAACUUGUCUUUGGACCGAACCGAACGUCAAUGGAGGGAGAAAUUGAACAACAUGAUAGCGACGAGGAGGGAGCGCAAGGAUUGGAAUAUACGCAAGCGCCAUCGGAGCCUCGAUCAUCAGAAGAUAUGGACCUCUCAGGCAACAUCAAAGACGACAAUCACAUCGACGGGGACGUUCUGGCCCGCAUGUCAGUCCGCAGUGGCACUCGCAUCCGUCCACCUCAAUCCGUAUCCGAAGUCAACGGCAGUGUCGGCGGCGAAAAAGGCCGAGCAGAACGUAUCCACGAAACAGACGCGAUGCUCGAGAAGCGAAAACAAGGACAGAAACGCGCGAAGGAACGGGAAAUGACGAAGUGCGCUGCACGACGAGGUGUUGUUUUUGGGUUCACUGUCAGCGACGAAGGAGAGAGACGACUUUGUGAGGCAGUCAUGGCGGGAAAAAUCGUGGAACCGAGCUUUGCAAAGGGGGACUGGGCGAUAAGAUGGAGAGAAUGA